CACCUACUAUUGCAAACAGUAACUGAAAGAUUAUGGAUCCAGCUGAAUUUUCCACUGAGUCAAAAGAGAGCUCUGUGAAAGAAAAACACAUCAUAGUGGAAACUGUCAAAAAUACAGAAGACUCUGAACAGGAAGAGAAACUUAUUGCAAAAAUCGAAAAUGAAAUUGUCAUUGAGAAAGGCAAAACACUGACACUUCCAGAUUCACCUUCGAGAAAAAGAAAAGCACCCAACGAUGAAUCGAGCACUUUCAAAAUCCCCAAGACAGAAGACCCAGCAAACAAUGUGGAAGUUGAUAUGAAACUAGCCUCUUCUGAAAGCCCAAACUCUAACUUUUACGUGGCACAGUGCAUGGCUCAUAAUAUACAUCUUCUUCCGGAAAAUACCAACAAAGAGACGAAGUUGAAAAUAUUGGAAUUCAUUAAAUCAGAAGAUGAAGUUGACUGUUCUAUGAACCUUGUUCCACUUUCAUCUAAUCGUCCUGACUACAUGCUUACUUCUGGAGUACGGCAAAUUUUGAAAAAUCUUGUUUCCGCCGUCGAAAACUCUAAAUCCAAAAAUACCAGAGGAAGGAAAAGCAAAAUACAAUCAAAUCUCACACCCAUCAACGAAAAGUCAGAAUGCAAAAUCAUAAAAAGGAAGAACGAAAAAACUCCGUUACUUCUGUUGACCGUGCCGAUGUUUCUCGAUCCUCUCACCACAUCAGGCACCGAAAUCGUGAAAAAAGCAUCUGAGUGGUUGACUACAGGUCGAAACAAUGUCUAUAACGACAAGAAGUUUGCCUUCCAGAAAAACACCAAAUCAGCUGUGCGCUCCAAUUUCUUCCAGAAGAAAGGCUUUGAGCCACUCGCCAAACAAAAGCCUAAACAAUCUGCUCAAAGAGCACAAGUUGAAGUUUUUCAAGUUGAACCUGGGUUCGAUUUAACAAACCUGGAAACACUUGUCACCUCAUCUCCAAUCUGUAUUAUUCGCGGGCUUGGACAAGCAGUUUACAUGGACUUCUCGCUUUUUGAUCUGCAAAAUGUCGCCGGUCUCGACGGAGAACAGGUGAUUGAUGUGAGACGUCAACGCUCACAGCACUCGACCAAAAAUAUAAAGUUGGCCCACACGAGUAAGGGUAGUUUGGAAGCUGCUGAAAGGAAGUGGAACGAUGAAGAGAGAAUAGUGGAGAAGCGAACUCUUGCUGAAUAUGCAGUGAACUAUGAUAUGAUGGAGAAGAUCGGAUGGAAAUGCGUGGAACAUGCCGCAUACAAAAAUAACUUUGAAAAUCAAGCUGGUUUUGUUCAAGAAGCAGUGGAUGCUUACAUGAAAUAUCAGUUACCACUGAGUCCAACAGCCGUUAAUGGAGAACUAUACGACCGAACGUAUCCACUCACCUCCUUUGCUACAAAUGUGGAUUUGAAAGAAGAGCAAAAAUUUCAGCCUUUAAUACAAGAGCUGGACAAACUACCAAAUUUUUUGAAAACCAAAGGAGGCCUCAACGAAUAUAUUAAGGAAUCAAUUGGAGGGGUCAACGAGGUUCAAAUGUACUUCAAACAGCCUGGCUCCCGCACAACGUGCCACAUCGAAAACCAGGCAAUCGGAUCUCUGAACUUAAAUCUUGGCCCGGGAAAAUGUAUCUGGUAUGCAGUGGCAAGCGAACAUUCCGCCAAAUUCGAACAGUUACUCAUGAAAAAGAAUCUAUGGCCAUAUGACUCAGUUUUAUGGCCAAAUGAAGAAGAGCUUCUAAACUGGGGCAUCCCGGUUAUGAAAUUCAUUCAAGAAACAGAUGAUACAGUCUACGUUGGCACAGGAACCUAUCACUGGGUCCAAUCUAUUGGAUUUACUGGAAAUGUGUCGUGGAACAUUGCAGAAUCAACGUUCGAUCAGUUUGCUAUGGCUGCUCUGGUCCAUGAUCACAAUACUGAACAGAGCUAUGAUUCUGUGCUUCCGAUUAUUCCAAUGGCAUGGGAAAUGGCAAAGAAGCGGGCGUUCCUUGGAACAGAAAUGUACCCACUAAUCAAGUCAAUUCUAGCCAGAUCACUUGCAAAAUCAACUUUCGAGUUGGACAAAGCUAAAUCCGCUGGAGCCAAAAUUUCCAACAUCGAAGAUGCUUCGGUGGAGCUGAGCCAUGUGGAACGUUGCCAGGGUAAAAAAUGUAAACGGGACGUGCUCUUCAACACUGUCGUGAUCAAACAAAACAGUCGAAACAAGACGGAAAAACUUUGCGUCGAUUGCUGUCACAACAUGAAAGGAAGCACGGUGAUCAUGAGACACACGAUUAACGAAUUGGUGACCAUUUACAAUGAGUAUUAAUCAUUUAUUGUUUAAUUUUGAAAUUUUUUUAGAUUCAGUGAUUUUUAAUAAUUUAUUUCUGUUAAUCUAUUUUUUAAAGCUUGAAAGCUGAAUUUUUGUGUUAGCAUCACCUACUUCAUAAUGUCUUUCUGUUUUUUGCAAGAUUUACCCCUCACCUCGACUCUCAUUCAUACUAUUCUAUGUGCUUUUGAAUUCUGUUCAAUAUUCUCCUGUUUUUUAAAUUAUCUGUAAUAUUCGCGUUGUCAUGCCUAAUUGUCAUGAAAACUAUAAUUUUGUCCGAUUCCAUAUUUUUAUUCUUCAUAGUCAUGUUUGAGUGUU